UGUGCGGUGCUGCAGGCUGGGAGUCAGAAUGAUUUAGUGACCGUGAUUCUGUUCUGUGCAGUGCUUCCGACCUUAGGACAAACUUAAACACAUCAGUUAAAGCUGAAGUUAGAAAGGCAUCUGGAGAGAGCUCAGGACGCGGAUUGCAUGAACAGUGCAGUGCUUAAUUCUGCAGACUGUAAUCUAGCACAGUUGGAACGUGGGAAUAUACAGAAUAAGAGGCGUGUUGGGCUGUGUAACAGAACAGGCUUGAGCAGUCUGUUAAUCAGCUGAGUGCUCCUUCUGGGGUAAAAGAAAGCCCCACGGGCUCAUGGUGUUAAGGUUUCCGUCAGGUUUAUGCUUCAAAACAGAAGCAUGCUUCUAUAUCCACAACAAAACCCUUCAGGUCCGCUCUAUAACAUUUGCAGUUUAUAUGACCAUAUAAACCAUCAGUGGUAUGUUAGCCUGUAUACUGGUAUUGGCACUUCUGUGGUAUGUGUAGUAAAGAGCUAGUGGCCUAAAGCAAUCCGAAAUGAAGCAGGUAGCUGGCUUUGACCCUAUUAACUCUAAUGUAUCCUUUGAGGCAAGAGAUUGAAUUUGUGCUUAAGUUUGUCAAGAAGUCUCUGGAAUGGAAACCAUUUCUUACCAAGUCCUUGUCGAGCUGAAGAAGCCCACACAUGUGACAGUGAACUGCUGGUUUUGUAAUCAGGACACAGUGGUGCCAUAUGGGAAUCGCAACUGCUGGGAUUGCCCCAACUGUGAGCAGUACAACGGUUUCCAAGAGAAUGGAGACUACAACAAGCCCAUCCCCGCUCAGUACAUGGAACACCUCAACCAUGUUGUUUCAGGUGCUACAACUUUCUGUGAUCCCACCAAACCACAGCAGUGGGUGAGCAGCCAAAUUUUGCUUUGCAAGAAAUGCAACAACCAUCAAACUACAAAGAUCAAACAGCUCGCUUCAUUCUCACCAAGGGAGGAGGGCAAAUAUGAUGAGGAGAUUGAGGUGUAUAAGCACCAUCUGGAGCAGACCUACAAACUGUGUCGUCCAUGCCAGGCUGCUGUGGAAUAUUACAUAAAGCAUCAGAAUCGGCAGCUGCGGGCACUGCUGCUCAGCCACCACUUCAAACGCCGUGAGACAGACAAGGCCUAUACUCAGAAUCUGUGUUCAUCUUCCUCCACUACUUCCAUAACUACACCAGCUCAGGUGAUAUUUCUGCGGUUCUUGGCCUUCCUCAGCUGUGCAUUCCUGGUUCUGUUGGCCUUGUAUGGGUCGAGCGACCCCUUCUCACUCAAUGCUGCAGUCCCUGCUCCUGUCUCUUCUAGUCCAGCAUCUGUUCAGAACAGGACUGGCACGAGCUCACAUGCAGACUUGGGAAAUGACACUUCCAUGACGGCGGCAGGCUGGCAGGAGCUGCUCCACAUGCUCCCAGAACAGAUGGUGGAGAACCUGAGCGCUGCAUGGGAUUACGGGAAGAAUCAUCAGAUGGCAGUUGCUGUUCUUGGGUUGUUCACCUGCCUGCUAGCAAUGUUCUUGGCUGGGCGGAUCAGGCUCCGAAGAAUUGAUGCAUUUGCUUCAGUCUUGUGGUUCAUAGUGAUGAGCCUGCAUUUAGCUGAGAGGUACCUGAAGAUGGAAACACCCAGCUGGCUAGACACGGCCAAAUUUGGCACCACGUCCCUAUGCUGCUUGGUGGGCUUCACUGCAGCAGUGGCAACGCGGAAAUCAACGGGCCAGCGGAGAUACCGGCCCCGAAGGUACUUCUCCGGGGAUUCGUUUACUCUGUUUCCCAAUGGCACUGGGACUGGCUUCCCCUCCUCUACUACAUCUCUCUUUGUCCCAACACCACCCAGUAUUCUCCAGCUGACAAACCAGCAGCUCUUCAGGUCCCCACGCAGAACUUCUUCUUCCUCUCUUCCUGGACGUCUCAACAGAGCGCUCUCUCUGGGUACCAUCCCCUCCUUGGCCAGAGCAGAUUCUGGCUACUUGUUCAGUGGAAGUCGACCGGCCUCGCAGUCAUCUCAGUCCAAGGAAUCUCCCACAUCAGAGCACUUCUCCCUGCUGUCAGCCAGCUGUGCUCCCUCACGCAUCCCCUCUCCAGCACCAUCAGUGGCUGGCUCUGUGACUUCCAGCUCAGGUUCCUUGCGGUACCGCCGGCCACUCAUCAGCCCUGCCCGACUGAACCUAAAAGGACAGAAGCUGCUGCUUUUCCCAUCUCAGAAUGAGGCCCUGCUUACCCCAACCGGCUCAGAGGCGCACACCCACUCAGACAGCAACAUCUUUACAACUGAGCUGCCCUCGUUUCCGAAAAAGAACCUCAGCGAGCGGGGAAUGCACGAUAUGAGAUCUGCUGUGGAAGGAGGCAGUAUUUGCAGCAAUAAUUCCAUCAGAAAGGAGGAUCACUCAUCACACUCAUCUACCUGUGUGGUAGAUACAACUACCAAAGGGGAAGAUUUGGUGGGCUGGAGAGGUCAUUUUGGUAACUCCGCUCUCCGAGGUCUGCUAGCAGUGAGUCUGACUCUCAAUGCUAUCUUCACAUCAGCCUAUGUCUACCGGAGCCUGCGCUGAUUUGUGCCAACACUUCCUUUCUUACUGGUCCCACCUGCUUCUGAGAAGACUCCUUGACAAGAUGAAUUCAACCACGGUUUCAUAGCUAAUGGCCGUGCCACUGGUGCAUGCUGUUGGUUUUUUUUGUUUUGUUUUGUGUUUUUAUAACAACUGUUUAGUGAGCUGUCAUGACAAGGAACCCUAGUGGUGGCUGCCAUCACCUCCAGGUAGAACAGAUCACAGGACUGUCCCUGGAGGUGGUGAGCAGAACUCUCAGAAAGCCCUAGUUCAAAGCCAGAGGCUGUUCGGAUGUUCCAUACGCUUUCUUUCAAAUGAACUGACCUGAGACAUGAGCCUGAAAAGGUGUAAGCUACGCUGUAAGGAAUGUCCCCUCAGCUCUUUGUCCUGACAUACUAACCUCAUGUUGACGGUGCUGUUAAAAUGAGAAUUAGAACAAAUGAGCUGAAGAAGGCACACAGCUUAGUGGUUGGUGCUGGGCUUUGUCUACAGUAACAGCAUUCUCAGCCUCUUUGGCCAGUGGUUCCUCUUUUCCCUUUCCUUUGGCACUCUCUUCUCAAUUAUCAGUUAACUUUUCUUUGGUUGUCUUAAGCUUGCCUGAUCACACUGGUUACCCUGACUGCUCUGUCAUAUUCUUGCAUCUUAUAUGACCGUGUGCUUCCACCCAGGCUCUGCCCUGAGGCUGCUCUCACCAGCUGCCAUUCUGAUCUUAUUGGUUCCCAGAAACUUCUCUCAUGCAUACCUCUAACCAGUGCUGUUGUAGGGAUGUACAAAUCCAAAACAGGCAUCCUUUUGUGGUUUGCAUUAGAAAGAGGAAACCUAGAUUUUAUUUCGUGCAGGAGGCAUUAAUUCUGUUGUAAUAAGAAGGGAUCCCCACUUGAAAGGCUUUGGCUCCCUACUCCAGCUGCUGGUGUUUUCACUGAAGCAGGAGUGGCAUAGCUUGUUCUUGCUGUAAAUUGCAUGUAUCUAUUCUGUUGGGAGGUCCUUGAGGAGUUGUCUGAUUGUAUACCUUGUAUAAAACUGGCUCCUCAGUCUGAUACUGAGAUUUGCAAAGUAAUUAUUUAAGAUAUUUCCUAAUUAAAUACCAAGGUGCUCUUAGGGAGAGAUGCCAGAGCUGCUUCUGGACAGUUCAGCUUGCUGGAAAGAUAGUUUUUCUAAUCCAAAGAAAGUAGUGUUAGGUUCUCAAAAGCAGCUUAUAUAUAAUUUGAGUGCUUCCACUUCUGGGUGAGUCAUCAGCAUGGCUUAGAGUUCAUAGGCCAUUGUAUCCAAUGAUGUAUAUUUUGAAUGUUCAGCAUGAUACUCUGGCUAUACUCAAAAUGAUUUAAUGCACACUAGGAAAAAAAAAAAUACAAUCUUUAUGCCUUGAUUCUUAAAUCCCAAAUACAGAGAGGAGAACUACCAACAUGCCAAGGAUACCUGGUGAAAAGAGAGCCAGCUGGCAUAUUAGCUAUGUGUUUUCUGAAACAGGACUCACACUGUUAAGAGUUUUUCUAUUGUCUCUUCCUUUGUUCUUCUUUACCUCAAAUAUGCUUUUUCUUUCCUUUGUCUUCAUCCCAUUUGUCCUGUGUUUGCAUCUUGAAUUACAGUUCACCUUCCCGUGUCUUCCUCUUGGUCCUGCUGUUCCCUUUAUUGCACUCUUGCACAUGUGCAGAAACACAGCAUCUCUAUGCUGAUAAUUCUCUGCCCUACCCUGAAAUUCACACCCUGGAGUGAUGAUCACCCUUCCUUUCACUUAAUUUUUUUCCCUUGCAUGUUUUAUUGAGAUCCUACCACAGCCUCACUUAGUACCUCACAUGAGCCCAACCCUAAUCAGCAUGUCAUGUAACAAAGUGAGCAGGGCUUUACUGCUGAUGGUUCAAAAUUAAAUCUCUCUUUGUCUCUUCCAUUUCUUCCUGCACUGUUUUAGCAGCCCACUUCCAGCCACUGCUCCCCAUCCUCCCUUGUUAGUGAGGCUAGUUGUUGCCUACUCUGCAUCUUAUUUGCAGAGGACAGACCUCUGGCCACACUCAUUGAGAGACUGCAGAGACCUGACUGCCAGCAGCCCUAUGCAAAGGUGUAGAUCCAGGAUAAAUACCUGCAGCAGAAAUAACCGAAUGUGUUGCAGGUUGAUAGUUGAUUCUUUUGUAACUUGCAUGAAUUGUUACUUAUAGCUGAACCUGACCCACAACGUUGUUGUUAUGAGCUUUUUAUCCCCUUUAUAGACUUGUGCAGGCUCACACAAGCAUGUGUAUAGGCAAGAUGCUAGCAAACCAACAUACAAGCUUCUCCUUAGACCUGUGCUGUUUGCAUUUGAUGUUGUCCAGGUGUAAUGUGUGACAUCCCAUUCGUGGAUCCUUGUCCUGACUUCCAGCAUACCCAGGGGCUGCCUAUGCAGAGACAAGCCUGCCAGAAAAUACAGUGGUUUUGCUUUUUAUUAUGCUGACAGAAGUGCACUGUGACUUCAUGUAUGCAAACUUCGUCCUUUCACCUCCCAGUCUGUGCUGAGUUCAUUUACCAUCACACUCACCUGGGGCCCGAGUUGGUCUCUGUCUCUACCAGAUUGCAAUAUAGAAAUUCCCCUCCUUUCCAGCAACCAAGGAGCUGCACCCUCUGAAUGCACCUCUUGUUGCCCAGAGCAGGAACACUUUAAGCUGUUACUGCACUUCUGAAUCCCACUCACUGAAGCUGUUCUUAGAUGAGCAUUUGGUGACAUUGUCCAAAGCAAUAUAAAGACUUUGGAUUUUCUUGCUGAAGAGGGAAGACAACCAACUUUCUCAUUCUGGUGCUAGAAUACUCUCCAGUGGUGCUUUCACAGAUGUGAAGCCUUUGCUUGAGUAGUACACAAGAGUAUAUGUGUGUAUGUGUGUGCGUGCAUAUGUAUAAAAACAUUUGGAGGGUUUCUUCAUUUUGAAAGAUCUGAACCCACGUUUGUCUUUAUAUUGUUGGCCUUAAUCUAGCUCCUAGAUACUGCGUCUAUCUUGCUGCUGUUUUCUGUAUGAAGCUGGUUUGGAGGAGAGGAAAGACCAUCUGGUUCACCUGUAAAAUAUUGUUGGCUGGUGAUGCUGAUCUUCAUACAGUGUUGUUUUGGGGGUGAAAUUUUAUUUUUCUAAUGUUUUUCCUACUGUAAAAAACCGUUGGAGUGUUUGGAACUGAAAAGAUGGUUAUGAAAUGGACUGUCUGAUAAAGAUUUUAGUGUUACUUAAUAAAAACCACAAUUAAUCUUAAGGUGGAACAUAAGUGAGCUCCAUUUUCAGACCUUUUCCAUUCUCUGCCUUCCUCGGAACAUGCCCAUGUACUUCUUUGGGUGUGGGCUUGUUAGUUAUGUUAGGAGACUUGGCGAAGACUUUGUAAUGAUUUUGUUGUUCUGAAUGAGGGAGAAUUUGGAUUCUAGGAUCUUGUUCCAGUUCUGCAGCCAGGGUGCAGCUUGGCAGAUGCCAUAGAUGUUAUACACAUACCUAUUGGAUGGGAUGGAUGGAGUGAGUCGCUGAGCUCUGAAAGUCAUCGUAUCUUUCACCUAAAAGCUUAGACAUGGAGUUGGUCACUGUGGCAACGUGGAAAAACUUAUUGCUGGCAUCCAUAGGCCAGAUUCACUGGAAUUUUGCCUGUCUGCUCAAGCAACAAAUUCAGCUUGUGAAUGUUUUGUUCUCGCUCUCUCUUCUUGGGUAGUGGGAGCAUCAGUAAACGCUGCUUGAACUGACUGGGUUCCUUUCAACAAGGCAGCUGAAAUGAAGGGCUUGUGUUGCCUGUGGAUGCUGCUAUGUUCUUUUUUCUUCCAAGUACCAUUCCAGGAAAUAACUGUGGUCUUAACCUCUAUCACACACAUCUGUUAGAAGGCUGGAAAGGGCCAAUUUGGCCAAUAGAGUUAAAUUUUAAUUAUAUAUAUAUACACACACAUAUGUGUGUGUGUAUAUAUGUAUGUGAAUAUAUGCACAUUGCAACAGAGAGUAAUCAUCACUGUUUUGAAUGGGAUUGGUACGUAGAGGGGGUGUGGAGGACAAUUUUGAGUCCCAAACCUUAUUUCCUGUGACAGAAAUGCUGUAUGUCAUGUAUGUGUACUUGUUUGGGGAGCUCGGACACUGUACAGUUUAGUUAAAUUGUACUCCAGGGGGAGAAACUGUUCCUCGGAGGUUUUUAGUUCAUACUUUGUGUUGAAAGAGGAAUAUUUUUAUUUAAAAAAUAAAAAUGGAAAAAAAAAUU